AUGUCAGCCUUGUGCGUCCGCAAAAGGCUUUUGAGACACCUCGCGCACUCGAGUUGGAUGAGAUUCCUGGCAUCAUCGAGGCCUACCGACAAGGACAGUACCAACAAACGUACCGAUGAAUACGGUGGUCUCAUCGAAAACCGCGCACGUUUGCUUUUACAGGUGGUAGAUGCUGUGGUUUCUGUUUGGGGUGCUGGCCGCGUGGGUGUUCAUCUCUCUCCGCGCGGAGAUGUCCAUGACAUGGGCGAUUCCGAUUCAGCUGCCACGUUUGGUUAUGUGGCUGAUGAACUGCGCCACCGCGCCAUCGCUUUUAUCUGCGCUCGCGAAUCCGUCGGAGAUGAUCAGAUUGGACCUGAGCUGAAAAAGCGUUUCGGAGGCGUUUACAUCGUUAAUGAAGGAUUUACACGUGAACAGGCCGAACGUGUGAUCGUUUCUGGCGAGGCUGAUGCGGUGGCUUUCGGAAAAUUGUUUAUCGCAAAUCCGGAUUUGCCGAAACGCUUCUCCACCAACGCCGAGCUAAAUCUACCGAAUCCAGAGACCUUCUACGGAGGAGAUGAA